UGAUCUAGAGAAUCCAAAGAUUCCAACACCACCAGACUCGGAAACUCGACCAGGCCGAUUCGAUUUAAUUUCCCCGCGUCGCCGAUUUAUUGUUGUACUAGAUGCGACGACCCGGUUUCGUCAUCAAACAUAAACUCCCCCCUCGAAUCUUAGCCUCCUGAAUCUGAGCUGUUUAUAAAUACAAUCUCCUCUCCCUCUCUCUGUUUCUCUGUCCGUUCUCUAUUUUUGUUUCUUGCAAAUGAUCCGGAUAAACAUACACACAGUUCGACACACCCAGUAAUCGAUUAUGGAACCCAGCCUAGAUUUGUCCUUGGACUCAUUACCCAAAACCGUACCCCAAAUCCUUCUCCAACUCUCAUCCAUCUCCGAUUCCUUCACUAAACGCACCACGCUCGAUGAUUAUGUCAAGAGAUUGGAAGAUGAAAUGAGGAAGAUCGAUGCCUUUAAACGGGAGCUUCCUCUCUGUGUUCUUCUCUUGCAAGAUGCGAUUUUGAAGUUGAAAGAGGAGGUGUUGCAGCUUCAGUCGGUGAAGGAGUUGCCGGUGAUUGAAGAGUUCAUGCCAUUAAAGGGAAGCUCCGAUCAAGCCGACGGGGAAAACGAGAGGAGGAAGUGGUUGAGUUCUGCUCAGUUGUGGAACACGAAUUUCAAUUUUGUUGAUGACGAUAUCUCCAACGCCAAAUCGAAUAUGAACUUGGAUGGGGAUGAAGACGAUCGGUCCGUGCCACAGACCCAAAUCGAACACUGGGAUUGUGAAAAAAGACGAAGAGCAUUCGAAUUGUUCAAAGAUCAAAGCAAUUUCGUUAAAAGAUCCAAAAAAGAAGAUAUGGCGGUUUCAGAAGUCCCAAAACUUACUCUAAUGACAACAAUUUCCGAUCCUUUUCCUGUUAAUGUUAAUUUGACCGUCAAGAAUGGCCGCGUCAGUGGACGGAGCGGUAGAGCUGCUGUUUCUGGGUCGUCUUCGCCGGCGGUGCAAAUAAAUGGACAGACAAAAUUGUCCCAACAGCAGCAGACUAUAAGGAAACAGAGACGGUGCUGGUCGCCGGGGCUCCACCGGCGUUUCAUCGACGCACUGCAUCGACUCGGCGGAUCUCAAGUGGCAACACCAAAACAGAUAAAGGAAUUGAUGCAGGUGGACGGCCUCACCAACGACGAAGUGAAAAGCCAUUUACAAAAGUACAGGCUUCACGUUCGAAAAUUGGGCCCGCAGGAAGGUUCAAGCGGCGAGGGGUGGAUACCGGGAGAACACGACGGCGAGCACCACUCAAAGACAAGUGGUACGCAGGCGGGAUCUCCAGAUGGGCCACUCCAGGGCGGUGGGUCUGUAAAAGCUCUGUCCAUAACCGAAGGGGAGAGUAUGGAAGGGGAAGAAGAUGCGAAAUCGGACGGCCAUAGUUGGAAGGGAAGGAUUCAGAAACAUGGAGAUGUGUGAGGAAUUGGAAAGAAGAUAGGUGAACGAAUGGGGUGUUUCAGUUCCGACAAGUUUUGCAGAGAAAUGGAUACAAAAUGGGGAAUUUGAAAUUUCUAAUUUUGUAGACACCACAGAGGAAGAGGAAGUAAGGUAAUAACUGUAACUCACAAAGUUACAUAUGGUCUUUUUUGGGCUUUUCUUGCCCAAGGGUAUCUAAUUAUCGCUAGUAGAUAUUGUCCUUAAUCUUAUAGACGUUCUUGUUUGAAUUUUAAAACGCAUUCAUCCAGAGGUUGAUUGAUGUAAUGGUCACAGUUCUAUUCCUCUUUACCCAAUUGUGAGUAAUAGAUAGCAAUUUGAGAAUGGGAAUUUAAAAGAAGAGAAUAGGAGUGGGACUGACAAAACAGAGGGCCACAAUCUGAUUGUGAAGGCCUCUGCUCCAUUGAGGAAUUGAUAAGAGAAGCUGCAUUUCACGUGGAUUCUCACCAUGUUAUCAAGCAGCCAUGUGGUGGAUGAGCACUUGUGAAGCACGUAGGUGCCAUCUUCCCUUCCCCCAAUUGUUAAUGGAAUAUAGCAUCAUUCCAUAAAUAAAGCAAUGGAGAACACAGAGUGACAAACUUUUGGCCCUCUUCUGGCAUCGAUCAAAGCCUUGGAGUAGUGGUGCAACGCAUAAUGAAUGUUCUUCACAUGGGGUUUCA